AUUCUUUGACAUAAUGCCUAUAUUUACAAUGUUGUCAGCUGGAGAGAUCGAUAGAAAGGAAGCGAUAUACAGUAAGCUGCGAUAGACUGGACUGCUAGCAAGGAAUGGUUGACACAUAUUUUAUUGAGAGUUUUGAGUUAUGAGAACUCUUAUUCUAGAUAAACGGAGGUCGCGUUCAGUGAAAUUAAAACCAUUGCACAUUGCCCAUGAGUCAACACACAGUUUGAAGAGACGGUUAUAUGACGUGUGAUAAUUGUUUUAGGAAAAAUAAAGCCUUAAAAUGGCUUCUGGUGAUAGCGUUGAUGAAAUUCAAGUUAUAGAUACAUUUAGUAAAAUGAAAACUGGAACUAAUGCUGAAUUUAAAGAUAACGAAAGUUACAGAGAAGUGGAUGAGGAUGGAAUUGAUGAUUAUGGAAAGAAAGAUGGUUCGCUAUCACGACAGAAUGGAGCUAUGGCUAGAAAUAAGUCAGAAAGAGAAAAGAAACUGGGACACCGGAGGGUAGGGACUGGAGGUGAAGUUACGUACAAGAAGAUUCAAACCUCACAAAUUAUGGGUUCUAUACAAUUAGGAAUACAACAUGCAGUAGGAGGCCUUGCAUCAAAACCAGAAAGAGACCUUCUUAUGCAAGAUUUUAUGACCGUGGAAACUACAACUUUCGCUGCUGAUGGCAGCAGUCUUACCCCUGCUCAUCAUUAUUCUGAAUUUACCUUUAAGACUUAUGCUCCUAUCGCUUUUCGUUAUUUUAGAGAUCUUUUUGGAAUUCAACCCGACGAUUUCCUCAAUUUGAAUCAAAAUCCAAGGACGCUGUUACCAAAGUUUUUUGGGCUUUAUUGUUAUCAGUGCAAUCAUAAAAACAUUAGAAUCGUAGCUAUGAAUAACUUAUUGCCUUCCUUAAUUCCUAUGCACCAAAAAUAUGAUCUGAAAGGUUCAACUUACAAAAGGAAGGCUUCUAAAUCUGAGCGAAAUAAAAAAUCUCCGACGUACAAGGACCUGGACUUUAUGGAUCAUCAUCCUGAAGGAAUAUUUUUAGAAGCUGACACGUAUACAGCUUUAGUUAAAACGAUUCAAAGAGACUGUAGGGAAAUAUCAGAACCUGAAGCAGGAUUUAGUGACAGAGGACUUCAAAGAGCGCGAUCCAUUAACAGGCACAAAUUAGUAGCUCAUUCGACGGCGAUGGAGAGCAUCCAAGCAGAGAGUCAACCUAUAGAUCACCAAGGAGAUGUGCCGUAUACUACGAAUGACUCUCAUUAG